AUGGAAACCAUCAGAAACCUGGCCUCUUUUCUCAAAACUUUGAUGAUGGAGAAAAUCUGUCCUCUGAAGAUGCAGUACAGUUCAUGAAAAAUGACACCUGGUCCUCUAUGAUAGGAGAAGUCUGUGAAUUGCCUGUCACUGAAGAUCAGAAUAAAGACCAGACUGUGUUUGUGAGACAGCAUAUGAUAGGGAAUGUCAGUGAAGUCAAUGAAGACUAUCAGUGUGGACAGCCCUUCAGCUGGAUUCUAGAUCUUUCUGUGUUCAGAAGAACUCCUGUGGAAGCCUAUUCUUCAUCAUAUCUCCAGUGUGUGGAAACCUCCAUGGAUCAUUCGUCACUUGCACAACACAUCAGCUCUCACUUUGAAUAUGGUACCUCUCAAGAUAAGGGAUGUGAGGAAGUCUGCAGUUGGUCUCCUUACCCCAGGACCCCAGUUCAAACUGUAACUGGAAAGAAAUCCUAUGAAUGUAAAGAAUGUGGCAAAACUUUACGCUAUCCUUCUCACCUCCGUACACAUAUGAGAAGUCACAAUGGAGAAAGGCCUUAUGAAUGUAAGGAAUGUGGGAAAGCCUUUGGUCAGUCUUCAGGCCUCAAUAGACAUAUGAGAACUCACAGUGGCGAGAAGCCAUAUGAAUGUAUGGAAUGUGGGAAAGCCUUUCUUCAGUCUUCAGGCCUUAUUGCACAUAUGAGAAAUCACAGUGGAGAGAAGCAUUUUGAAUGUAAGGAAUGUGGGAAAACCUUUGUUCGGUCUUCAUCCCUCAAUAGUCAUAUGAGAACCCACAGUGGAGAGAAGCCAUAUGAAUGUAAGUUAUGUGGGAAAGUCUUUAGUGUGUCCUCAAAUGUUAUUCAACAUAUGAUAAUUCACAGUGGAGAGAGGCCUUAUAAAUGUAAAGAAUGUGGCAGAGCCUUUUCUCAUUAUUCAUCUCUUAUCAGACACAGGAGAAUUCACAGUGGGGAGAGGCCCUAUGAGUGUAAGGAAUGUGGCAAAACCUUUCGUUGGUCCUCAAACUUCUCUGUGCACAAGCACACUUGCGGUAAAGAGAAGUCUUAAGUAAGGAUGAUUUGCCAUGUAAUAAUGCUUAAAACUACAAAUUCCAUAAGAGAAAGCAUCUUAGAGAGUAAGAAGGCAACAGAAAUGGAAAGAAAGGAUCAUGAAAAUUAUUUUGUGCCUUUGGGAAAACUAACAAUUUCAUUGUAUGUACACAUCUGUCUUAAUAAUGGCUAAUUCUUCAGUUUCGUGAGCAGCUGUGCAGGGGUGUACUUUCCCAGUUCAUGCUAAAUUUACCUCAAAGCUUUUUGUAUCACACGUAAGGAUUUAGGGAGCAGCCUUGAACAUUCGUUAGUUUGUGGUUUAAAAUUUUUAAGUUGAUGGUUAAAUUGCAAUAAAAUGCUGAUUUUA